UUUGUAGGACUGGGAAUCCAGAAUGUUCAGUAACUGUUGCGGUAACACAUUGUUAAUUAAGUAUUUAUAUAUGUGGAACAGUUGCGUGUGUUUGUUUGUGGAGGGGGCAAGAAUUUGAUGAUUGGAUUAUUAUUGAAAUGCGGCUAGAUCUGUUUAACCUGUUACAGAGGGUGUUCCUAAAUACAGAGAGACGAAGAAAAAAAAUCAGGGAUUGAAAAAGGAGACGCCCUUAACUGGAGCCGACUACUACAAGUUUGGACGGAAAAGAGCCAGCGUCUGGGUAUUGAGGCUGACAGAAGUUAGUCUGGGUUCGGGUUUGCGAGAAGGCAGUAUUUUCCGAGACAACAUCAAGUUCUGACGGCUUUAGCCUGAACCAUGUCGCAGCCGAACAAAAGAAAAGCUAAAGAACCCAAAAAGGGGGCAAAGAAGCCUGAUUUGUCUAAAUCACCAAAACAGGGAGUCAGCAUGAGUGCUCAAAAGCCAGAGGAGAAGCCAAAAGCUAGUCAACUUGCUAUGGCAGAAGGUUCAAGACAAAUAAGCUCAACUAGUAAGCCAUCAGAUAAGCCAAAACCAGCAACUGCACACAAGUCAACAGACUCAAGCAAGGACAAGUCCGCAUCUAGCCGUUCAACAAAACCAACUGGAGCCACUGGAGGGAAACAGCAACAACCACAAAGCACAAUGGGCCUGGGAUGGAGCAAGUCUGCUCCAGUGGAUACAAAGGAAAAGUCUCCCACAAAAUCCAUGCCAGAAGCUUCAGUUCACAAGACUACAGAGCCAAAGCUUCAGGAUAAAAAACCCAUGUUGAGUGCUGUGGACCAGCUUGUGGACACACUUCCAUCACAAGGACCAGAUCCAUCUAUUCCUAAAUAUACUGGGCCGGAGGUUAAGGAAUCCAGUGAUUCCAAGAAGAAGGCUGAGCGUGUUGGAGAAACAGAAGAAUCAAUACCUCCUGAGUACAGAUUUACAGAGCCAUCUGAUCCCAAGGAUCAAGUUAAAAAGGGUCCUUCACCCACACAUCCAGAAACAAAGCCAAAGGGUAUAUCUGAAGGUGACGCCCUGGAUUCACUGUCAGCAGACUUUGGCCUCAGCUCUGCAGCUCCAAUUUCAAAAUGUUCAGCUGCAACCACUCAUUCUGUAGCUCCACCGCCUGUGCUGAAGGAGGCAACUGCAAAAUCUUCAUCGGCUGUAUCGGCAAGUAAAAGUGAUUCAAAGGGUGAAGAUCCAUUUGACCUGCUCGCAGGAACACUUCCAUCAGAAGCUCCAGAUGACUCAGGUCCAAAAUAUACUGGUCCUGAGGUGAAGGAAUCAGACGUUACUAAGAAGAAGGCUGAGCGAGUGGGAGAAACUGAGGGAUCUAUACCCCCUGAUUACAGAUUUAAAGAACAACCUGAUCCUAAGGGCAAAGAUAAAGUGGCCUCUUCCUCCACUGGUCCAGGAGUAAAACCACAGGAAAAAGAGAAGAGUACAACAGAAGAUGAUGUCCUGGAGUCUCUGUCAGCAGACUUUGACCUUAGCUCUUCAGCUCCAAUUUCGAAAUGCUCGGCUGUGACCUCUCACUCUGCAGUUCCACUGUCAGCGCAGAAGCAGGAACCUCUGAAAGCUUCCACAGCUGCCACAGUGUCUGCGGGCAAAAGUGAUGCGAAGGGCGAAGAUCCAUUUGACCUGCUCGCAGGAACACUUCCAUCUGAAGCACCAGACAAUUCGGGUCCAAAAUACACUGGUCCUGAGGUGAAGGAAUCAGAUGCUAAGAAGAAGAAGGCUGAACGAGUGGGAGAAACUGAGGAAUCAAUACCCCCUGAUUACAGAUUCAAAGAACAACCAGACCCUAAGGAUAAAGCUAAAGGGGGUCCUUCAUCCACUGGGCCAGGAGCAAGACCAAAGUUCACAGAGAAGAGUAUGACACAAAGUGAUGUCAUAGCGUCCUUGUCGGCAGACUUCGCCCACAGCCCACCAGCUCCAAUUUCAAAAAGCUCAGCCUCAAGUUCUCACUCUGCACCUCCACCGCCUUCACUGAAGCAGAUUCUAACAGGCUUGCUGAGUACUGCCAGCAUUUUCUUUGUAAUUACAAUUGUAAUGUUCUUUCUUGCAAAGGCACCUCUGAAAGCUGCUUCAGCUGCCUCAGUUUCGGCAAGUAAAAGUGGUGCUAAGGAUACAGAUCCACUUGAUCUGCUUGCAGGAACACUUCCAUCUGAAGCACCAGACAAUUCAGCUUCAAAAUACACUGGUCCUGCAGUGAAGGAAUCGGAUGCUGAAAAGAAGAAGGCUGAACGAGUGGGAGAAACUGAAGAAUCAAUACCGCCUGAUUACAGAUUUAGUGAUCCUAAGGAUAAAGGUAAAGUGCCCUCUUCUUCCACUGGCCCAGGUGCAAAACCAAAAAGAACAGAGAAGAAAAUGACAGAAGAUGAUGUCCUGGAUUCUUUGGACUUUGUCGAAAGUUUUCCAGCUCCAAUUUCAAAAUGCUCAGCUGCACCAUCUCAUUCUGCACCUCCACCACCUUCACUGAAACAGGCACCUCUGAAAGCUUCCACAGCUGCCACAGUUUCUGCAGAUAGAAGUGACAUGAAGGGUGAAGAUCCAUUUGACCUGCUGGCAGGAACACUUCCAUCACAAGCACCAGACGAUUCAGGUCCAAAAUACACUGGUCCUGAAGUGAAGGAAGCAGAUGUUACUAAGAAGAAGGCUGAGCGAGUGGGAGAGACUGAAGGAUCUAUACCACCUGAUUACAGAUUUAAAGAACAACCUGAUCCUAAGGAUAAAGGUAAAGUGGCUUUGUCAUCUUCUGGUCCAGGAGCAAAACCCAAAGAAACAGAGAAGAAAAUGACAGAUGAUGAUGUCCUGGAGUCACUGUCAGCAGAAUUUGUCCACAGCACUCCAGCUCCAAUUUCAAAAUGCUCCGCUCCAACAUCACACUCGGCAGCUCCACCAUCUGUGCCGAAGGAGGCACCUUUGAAAGCUUCGACAGCUGCCCCAGUUUCUGUGAGUCAGACUGGCAUCAAGGAUGAAGACCCAUUUGACCUGCUGGCAGGAACACUUCCAUCACAAGCACCAGAUGAUUCAGGUCCAAAAUACACUGGUCCUGAGGUGAAGGAAUCGGAUGCUAAGAAGAAGAAGGCUGAACAAGUAGGAGAAACUGAAGAAUCUAUACCCCCUGAUUACAGAUUCAAAGAACAACCAGAUCAUAAGGAUAAAAGUAAAGGGCCCUCUUCCUCCACUGGUCCAGGAGCAAAACCAAGGGAAACAGAAAAAUGUCCCUCAGAAGUUGACGCCCUGGAUACUCUGUCAGCAGACUUUGGCCUUAGCUCUCAAGCUGCAAUUUCAAAAUGCUCAGCUGCACCCACUCACUCGGCAGCUCCACCGUUUGUGCCAAAGGAGGUACCUCUGAAAGCUUCAACAGCUGCCUCUGUGUCUGCAAGUCAAAGUGAUACUAAGAAGGGUGAAGAUCCAUUUGACCUCUUGGCUGAAACAUUGCCAACAGAAGCACCAGACAAUUCUGCUCCCAGAUACACUGGCCCUGAAGUGAAGGAAGCAGAUGUUACUAAGAAGAAGGCUGAGCGAGUGGGAGAAACUGAAGGAUCUAUACCCCCUGAUUACAGAUUUAAAGAACAACCUGAUUUGAAGGACAAAGAUAAAAUUGCCUCUUCAUCUGCUGGAACAGGAACAAAACCAAAGUCUGUUUCAGAAGAUGAUGUUGUUGAGUCACUGUCUGCAGACUUUGUCCAAAGAUCUCCAGCUCCAGUUUCAAAAUGCUCAGCUCCGAUUUCUCAAUGUGCAGCUCCACCACCUUCGCUGAAGCAGGCACCUCUGAAAGCUUCAACAGCUGCCUCUGUUUCUGCAAGCCCACUUGGUACUAAGGGUGAAGAUCCAGUUGGAUUGCUUGCUGCAACACUUCCAACUGAAGCACCAGACAAUUCAGGUCCCAAAUACACUGGCCCUGCUGUGAAGGAAACUGAUCACUCCAAGAAGAAGCCUGAGCUUGUUGGAGAGACUGAAGAAUCUAUCCCCCCUGACUACAGAUUUACUGAACAACUUGAUCCUAAGGAUAAAGGCAAACAGGCCUCUUCCUCCUCUGGUCCAGGAGCAAAACCAAAGGCCACAGAGAAGUUACCGUCAGAGGCUGAGCUAAUAGAAUGUAUGGCAUCAGAGUUUGACUCUCCUCCAGCUUCACAUUCUGGGGCACAGAUCUCCAAGCAGAAAGAGGCGGGCCAUAAUACUGCAAGUGUUCGCAAGACAGAUUCAGCACCCAAAACUAAUGACCAUGGACCAAAAUCAUCAAAGGCAAAAACUCAACCUGCUGCAAAAAAUGCCCACAAGCGUUAAUGUCUGCAAAACCAGGUCCGGGUUUAAGACUGACUACUGCACAGAUUUGUUUUCAUUGGGAAUGUGCCUCCAUAUAAAGAAAUAUCUGUGGUUUCCUUUCACUAUGAGCUGCUGUAACAUGUUUUAUGGGGAUGUAAUGUAUUGAACAUUAACAUCGCGCAUAAUUGAAAUUCAAAUUCUACUUACUAAUUCUAAUUUCACAUCAUUUGUAUGAAAUCAUAUCUGCUCUUUGAAGGUUUACAAACUGGAUUUAUAUAUUUAAAAACUUUUUUUUCCAAGGGGAAGGAUGCUGUAUUUGUAGGAUUGUUUACUACUAAGGUAUUUUAUGCCACAAAAAUUUUAGUGUUACAUUUUUGGUGUAGUAUGAAAAAUACCAAAGGACCUUAUGCUGUGUAGUUCUUAUGUUUUCAUUUUGAGUCAGGAAAUGUCUAAAGCCUGUGCACAAUAAUGAAUUCUGUCUCUAUCCCUCUCCCUUGAAACUGUUUUUGACCUUGAUGUUGUUCUGGACCCCAGGAUGAGCUUCCAACCACUUAUUCAUUUCCUCACUAGGAUUUACUUCUACUUCUGAAAAUGUUGUCCAACAUUUUCUAUAAAUGUCUCAGCUCAUCUACUGCUGAAGACCCAUGUUCUUAUCUUUAGACUUAUUCUAUUACUGUCCUGGCCAGCCUCCCAGCUCCCAUUCAGGUAACAUCCUGUUGCCCAUAUUCUGACUCACACCAGUUCCAUUCUCCUGUUAACCUCGUGCUUCCCGACUUAGAGAAUCGUUUCCAGAUCUACAGUCUAUUUUUAAAUUCUCAACAUUGUACCUAUUACCUUUCCACAUCUGUAAACCCUCAAGGACAUCUGCAUUCAAGUCAAAUUAAAAAUGGAAAAGGCUGGAAGUACUCUGCAGGCCUGACAGCAUCUGGGGAGUAAGAAACAGACCUAACACUUCAGAUCAAUGAACUUCCAUUCGAGCAAUCCAAUUCCAACCUCCCGAGCAUCCCUGAUUUUAAUUGCUUUGCUAUUGGUGUCCAUGUCUUCAGCUGCAUGGACACUAAGCCCAGGAAUUUCCACCAUAAACUCGUGCCUCCUUUAAAACACUAAGAUUUGCAUCUUCAAUGAAGCUUUUGGCGGUCUGUCAGAAUGUCACCUGUGUGGCUUGGUGUAAAAUUGUGUUUGGUAACUCUCCUGUAAAGAACCUCAAUAUGUUUCACUAAAUGUGUCACAUUAGUGCAAGUUCUUGAACAGUAAUGUAUUUACGUUGUGUAAAAGGCUGAUAAAACUGUUCGAAUAUACUAUAUUUUCCUAACUUUGCACCACAUAAAGCAUUUUUUUGGGAUUCAGUUUUUCAAGUUUACUUGUGAACUAUUGCUUUGGGUGUGUUAUAGAAAUUGAAUCAGUUGGGUUCAAAGGUAAUCUGAAAAUAAAUUGCAAUGAACUUGUAAAAGAA